AUGGGGAUGAGUGGCGGCAAGGCCGUCCGGUGAGUAUUGGUAUGAAAAAUAUAUGCGUGGUGCGUGGAUGGACGCUAGCCCCGAUUAGCAGACGGCGACUUUGAUCUGCACCAGAAGCCGUAAUUCCUCUCAUCCCCCGUUCUCGGGGUGGGUUGCUCAGCCGCGGUGGGCGUUCUAUUUGGUUCGUUCUCCCGUUAUGAUCGGCUUCGGAAGUUAGACCGCCGUGAUUCGUUUUUUUCUACUGUGAUUACUGUCUUUCCUUCUUUUGUAUUGUGUUUUGUGUUAUCUUUUCGUGCUGAGGGGGGUUACUGUUGACACUUUCCGCCCUGUUCCCCUGUCCCUCUUUUGAAUUCAUCCCAUCUGGCUAAUUUCAUGGUUUGUUAGCACUACGAAGUUGUGUUAGUCUUCAAUUGAAGGAUUUUGAAGCUUUUUGGUACAAAUACAAUAGCUUCAGACAAUUGAGCUGUACGAGAGGCAUUGAAGCCUCGGUACCUAAAGUUUACAGUUAAUCAAAACAACUUGGUUGAAGAUUUUUCAUUAGUAUCCUCUCCAAUUUAUUUAAUGUUCAUUUUUUUAUCUCUUUUCUCCGUGUAAAUGCAUAUAUUACACAUAACUGCAGACUAAUAUCUGUGUUAUUCUCCUGAAUAAGACACCGCACAGGUGACCAAGUUUAAGGGUUGUUCUCUGUAUCUUCUCGUGCUUGAAGUAGAUAAUAACUAAGCCAUUACCAAUUGAUAAAAGGAACAGAAUCGUUAGUGACUUGUGUCCAUUUGAUAUUCCAGCUUGUUAAGCAGUGAAGUAUCACUCAGGUUAUUAUAUAAUAGCGGCGUAUAUCAUGCUCUUAUCUGCUGGGAUUUAGCGUUGUAGUCAAUGUCUGUACUAAAAGGUAUUCUCUCUUUGAACAUGGAUAUCCGGGGAAGUGCAUUAUCUACAAUGUAGGCCCCCAGAAUCUUAUUUCGUAAACUGUCAGGAUUUCUAUCAACUUCCUAUGAAACUAGUCAAUCGAGCUUGAGACGUGGACUGCCUAAAAUGUCAAGGAGCUAUUCUUUCUUUAAUGAUGCGAGGAGAUUCCUUACAAGAUGCAGACACUCUCCCACUGAAACAUCUUUCAAAAGCCGAGGCAAACCGUCUUUGGACUUUUUGAGGGACAGAAAUAUUGUGCCUCCUUCAGAUCCCCCAAGUUCUAGAGAUGUGGAUCUUUUGUAUCGAUUUUUUGAUGAAAGGUAGAUGCAAGAUAUCCUUUUAUCGUUAUUUCUCUCCCAUAUCUAUUCUUGAAUUAGAUGUUGAGGUUCUCUUUUACCAAUUUUUGGUUUCAGUCGCAAGCUAGUGGUAUUGACCGGAGCAGGAAUCAGCACAGAGUCUGGUAUUCCCGAUUAUAGAAGGUACGCUGAAUUUAUCUUAGAUCUUCAAUACGUUAGUCACAAUUCUGACCGUCCUGCAAGACAGUAAGUCAAACAUCGUUUUCUUGCAGUCCAAAUGGGGCGUAUAGUACUGGUUUUAAGCCUAUCACACAUCAGGUACCUAAUGCCCUGAGAAAAUAUUUAUUUUAGCUGAGAUAUUUGAUGAGCAAGAUCUCAUAAAUCAUCGUCAGUGGUAUGACAUUUAUUGUAUACUUAUGUUCUCUCACUUUGGACAGAAAACUACGAAAGGACUACAUUACGCGAAAAUUGAUGGUGUCACGCCUUUUGUAUUUACUGAGAAAUAAUUUACACCCUAUCUGGAACAAGGGAAGCUAAUAUUUCCCUGAUUAUUGGACAAUGAUAAUUAAGAUUUUUUGUCAAAGGCUGAUUAAAGACUGUAAAAUAGCCAUUUGUACUUCCUUAAACUGUCACAAUCAAAUAGUCAGGAUAUUCUUGCGAUCCAAGGUCAUGUUUCCAACUCUUUUAGUUCGUGGUAAAAAAAAAUUAGAUGGCUUGCUUAUGUUCGUCUUGUGGUUUCCCCUAAAGUAGUAGGAUAUGUGAGUGGAAUGACAAAAGCUCUUGCAUCUCAAAGUAGAAAUUUGGUUUCCAUAAAAGAACCAUUUUUAAAAAGAAUAAAUGUGUUGAAUAACUUUAAUGGUUCAUUGAAAAGUGCAUUUUUUUAAGCACUGUGACAGCAUUUCUUCCCCAAGGACACCUUGGCGAGAGAGGUCUCCAAGCUCACAAGUGAGCUCUUAGUUUUCAAAGACUGACUGUGUUGAUUCAUAUUCGAGAAAUUGUUGACAAUGUGGCCCAAAUUUUGUUCUUUUACUGCAGCAUCUUGUUUUUCCAGCUAUAGCUGGAAACAUAGUAAGUGGAUACUAUAUGUUUGUGGCCAUGUAAACUCGCCGGCUUGCAGGAAUUUCUGCGGUCAGUUCGUGCACGGAAAAGGUACUGGGCUCGGAGCUAUGCUGGAUGGAGAAGGUUCACUGCAGCACAGCCCAGUGCUGCUCAUAGAUCCCUUGCAACCCUGGAAAAAGCUGGUCGGAUAAGUUUUAUGAUUACACAAAACGUUGACAGGUAUGUGGCUUCGUUUCAUUAAAAUUUUUUAACAGGUUGGAAUAUUCCUUAAGUUGUUAUGUAUUAGCAUGCUCUCUGCUCAUGUUUCAGGUUGCAUCAUCGUGCUGGUAGCGAACCUCUAGAAUUGCAUGGAACUGUUUAUUCUGUCGCAUGUUUGCAGUGUGGUGCUUCGACAGACCGACAUUUAUUUCAAGAGCAAGUGAAGGCUCUUAAUCCAAAGGUAAAAUACUCUCAUCUUAUCAAGGAUCCGUUGCAUUAGUUUUUUGGUUCGCCAUUUUUAGGAUUUGAAGUCUAUGGAGUUUACUCGUUGAUCCAGAUUUAUAGGUUCUUGUCGUUGCUAUUCCUUGUGCUUUUGCUUUCUGUUUAUAUAGAUUUAUGGCUCUGAAUUUCGAGUGUAAUCUACUCAAAUUAGUUUUUAUUCCAGUAAAUAUACUCAUGUUGCUAUUAAAUAACAAAAUUGAUGUCAUUUUUUAUGUUCUCCUCCUGAUUGAUUCUGAUUCAACUGUAGUUUCUGAUAAUUUCCCAAAGGCGUGCAUUGUUUUUUCCUCUAGUUAAGUUUUACAUAUUUUUAUUUAUCUUCUGCUUAAUCAUCAUGGGAAUAUGGGGUAAAAUCUGAAUACCCAUUAUAAGGUAAAACUAUAAAUAAAAUGAUAAUACCGGCGGCCAAUUAAAUUUACUAACCACAAGAGUUGCAUCCAUAAAAGAAAGCUGCAAAAUGUCCAUCAUUUUACUUAAAAAUGAAAAUGAAAAUGAAAAUGAAAAUGAAAUUAUCUAUCCCUGGUGUAUUCCGUUGGACUAAUUCUGAUUGUCUCCCACAAAGUGUUUGUAUGUCAAGAGAGUACCUCGCCGUCAUAAAACAUCUACAAAUUUCUCUGAUUGUCUCUAUCUUCUUUUCCCAGAACCUGACAAUCCUGUCACAGGGUUCAUUUCCUCCUUAAUAACAUUAUCUACUUUCUGAUUCCUACUUUCAACUCUCCUAUAUUUUUGCAUGCUUUGUGUUAGUUUUUCAUGCUUUGUGAUAAUAUUUUAUCAUUUAUUAAGUUUUCUGUUACUUUCCAACAUUAGUUGUUUCUGUGGUGAUUUUCAUGCUUCUCGACCCAGUUAAAGACCUCUUUAUUUUCGGUCCUAGAUCAUAUUUUUUUCGGCAGUUAUUUUGGACCAUGAAAUGUUUUGUUAUUUGGUGAAGUGGGCACUGGCAAUCGAAAGUUUGGAUCAUGGCCCGGCUGGUUCCGACAAAAGCUUCGGCAUGCAGCAAAGACCUGAUGGCGAUAUUGAGAUCGAUGAAAGGUUCUGGGAGGAAGAUUUUGUUAUCCCUAAUUGUACGCAGUGUAGCGGUUUGCUAAAACCUGAUGUAAGUGUCCCAUGUCCGUUGAUCAAGGGAACUAGCCAUCUCUGAUUUAGUACAUGGAAUAUGCAUCGAAAGAACUUAAGGUUCCCAAGUUCAUACCUGAAAUUUCAUCAUCCUCUUUGUCAGUAGAUUCUUACUUAGAUGAUACAAAUUGUUGUAAGUCGCCGCAUUAUUCUGUUCUUGAAUUUACAACCUCUUUGCAGAUUACCUGCUUGACUUGGCCCAUCUCAUCCACAUCUGAAUUGGUUGGAAAAUAUUGAAUUAAUUGGGUUAUCUAGUUUUAUUAAUAGAUAAAAAUACAAAAAUUCUGAGCACAACUAGCAUCCUAAGCUUGAGAUUCCACUAAUUAGGACGAUUAUGCUCUAUUUUUUUAUAUUUUUUUCAUACUCUCUUGUGGAAAUUGUUCAUUAAAAAAAAUAAAUUAAAGUGUUGCUGAUCAUUUUAACCUCAAGUAUGUUCUAAUGUUGCUUGAAUAAAAUUCUUCAUGAAAUGUUCUUCUUCCCUCUCAUUGUUUUUUACUUUUAUCUUUGAAGGUUGUAUUCUUUGGGGAUAACGUGCCCAAAGACAGAGCAGAUAAAGCGAUGGAGGCUGCUAAAACAUGCGAUUCUUUCCUUGUGUUGGGUUCAUCAUUGAUGACCAUGUCCGCUUUCAGACUUGUCAGGUACUCUGUGUCUCCUCUCUUUCUGCCCUAAAAGUGGCCUUUUCUGCUCCCACUUAAAGAGGUCCAUCGUCUACAGAGCUGCGCGUGAAGUGGGCGCCGCCAUUGCGAUAGUCAACCUCGGUGAGACCCGAGCAGACGACCUCGUUCCCUUGAAAAUCGGCGCUCGAUGCGGCGAGGUAGGCCGAACUUGUUCAGCCCCUAGCACCGACUUAACCCAUUUAUGUAAAUCUUUGUUCUUAUUUUUCUCAGAUUCUUCCGAGAUUGCUCGAGGUGGGGUCUCUCACAGUCCCCAGCGUCUGA